AUGGAAAACAACACACGCACACAAAAUAGAGCCCGGGGGACGGGGAGGGGAGGAGAAGCCCGGCGAGAGCUGAGGGAACCAGAGAUCCCAUCUUCCAAACCGCCCCCCCGCCCCCCCUUCCCGACCCCCCCCUUCCCCGCCAGGCCAUUCCAGAAGAGCGGCGGCCAGCGGGCUCCAUCCUCCCGAAGCUGCCGGAGGAAGGAUGAGGCCCUGCUCUGCUGCCUGGGGCUGGCGAUGCUCCUUGCGCCCUGCCGGGCUUGCCCCGCAGCCUGCUCCUGCUCCACCAAGAAGAACGGGCGGCUGCUGGCCGAGUGCGCCUACAAGGACCUCCAGGAGGUGCCGAGGGGGCUGUCCUCCAACGUGACCAUCCUCACCCUGUCGGCCAACAGGAUCGGCCGGCUGGGGCAGGGCUCCUUCGCCGAGGUGCCCGAGGUGCAGUCGCUGUGGCUGGGCUACAACCAGAUCGGGGCGGUGGAACCGGGGGCGUUCGCCUCCCUGCCCCACCUGAAGAACCUGGACCUGAGCCACAACAAGCUGGCAGAUUUCCCUUGGCAGGACCUCCGGAACCUCAGCGGCCUGCAGAUCCUGAAGCUGAGCAACAACCGCCUGGCCGGGCUGCCCCGGGACGCUUUCCACUGGCUGAAGGAGCUGCGCUCCCUCUGGCUCAACGACAACCAGCUGACCACCCUGGCCGAGGGCACCUUCGACCACCUGCCCUCCCUCUCCCAGCUGCAGCUCUUCAACAACCCUUUCAACUGCUCCUGCAAGGUCUUCUGGCUGAAGAAGUGGACGGAGAGCACCUCCGUCUCGGUCACCAAGGGAGGCUCGACCCUGUGCGCCGCCCCCGGCCGGCUGAAGGGCAGGGCGGUGACGGACAUCCCGGAGCAUCACUGCGUGGCCCCCUCGGCCCAGCUCACCUACCUCUCCAACCUGGACAACGCCGUGGCCUACGACGGCCUCACCCUCACCCUGCACUGCAGCGUGGCCGGCAGCCCCCCGCCGGAGAUCCGCUGGCGGAUCCAGACCCCCGGGCGGCGGGUGGAGAUCGGCGGCCCCACCGUGGCGAGGGACGGCAGCGCCAAGCAGAGCCCCCAGCGCUUCUGGGUCUUCAAGAACGGCACCAUGGCCAUCCCCAACUUCAGCAAGGAGGAUGAGGGCACCUACACCUGCCUGGCGGUCAACGACGUGGGGGCCAGGGACGUCUCGGUCAACGUGGCUCUGGCCGGCUCCGAGAACCCGGCCGAAGACCUGCUCCGGGACGACCCCCAGGCCGGGCACCUCGGGGCUGGGAGCUGCUACAAGGGGGAGGAGCUGGAUCCCUCGGGGGCUGGGGAGAAGCUGGUGAUCGUUUACCACAUGCCCAGGGGGGCCAAGAGCGGCGUGGGAGGAGGGGGGUCCCAGCUCCUCCUGGGAACCCUCCUGCUGGCUUUGGGCGCCGCUCUCUGCCGGUAGAGGAGGGCGGAGGGG